AUGUUGUGGACUCUGAGGGCUGUGACCAUGCUGCUGUCCUUGGUGUGUCUGCGGGCGAUCGAGGAGGAUGACAUCAGAGCAGGCUGUAGCACUGCAGUGAAUGACCUGGUGUACAUCAUCGAUGGCUCGUGGAGUGUGGGCACCACGGACUUCGAGACGGCCAAGCGCUGGCUGGUGAACAUCACGAGCGGCUUCGACGUGGGUCCGCUGUACACGCAGGUGGCGGUGGUGCAGUACAGCGACACGCCGCGUCUGGAGAUCUCGCUGGGCCAGCACCAGAGCACGGCCGCGCUAGUGAACGCCAUCCAGGACGUCAGCUACCUGGGCGGCAACACGCAGACCGGCCGCGCCAUCAAGUUCGCCAUCGAGCACGUCUUCCCCACCUCCACGCGCGCCGAGGCCGUCAAGAACCGCAUCGCCGUGGUGGUGACGGACGGCAAGUCUCAGGACGAUGUGGUGGACGCCAGCGUGGAGGCUCGGGCGCAGAACGUCGUCCUCUUCUCCGUCGGCGUGGGAGACGAGACCACCACGUCCGAGCUGGUCGCCAUCGCCAACCGGCCGGCCACGGACUACGUGCUCUACGCAGAGGACUACACCACCAUCGACCGCAUACGGGACUCCAUGGAGCAGAAGCUCUGUGAAGAAUCGGUAUGCCCGACGCGUAUCCCUGUGGCGUCCCGUGAUGAGAAGGGCUUUGAGCUGCUGGUGGGGAUGAACAUCCACCUGAAGGCCAAGAAGAUCCCGGGCUCCCUGGCGUCGGAAGCAGCCUACCACCUGGAGAAGGCUGAUGACAUCACAGAAAACACCAGGGAGAUCUUCCCAGAGGGACUGCCCCCGUCCUACGUGUUUGUGGCGACUGUUCGCCUGCGUGCCUCUCUGCGCAAGGAGACGUUUGACCUGUGGAGGGUGCUGUCCAAGGACAAGGCCACUCAGGCGGCCGUCACCCUGAACGGAGCCCACAAGUCCGUCACCUUCACCACCACCAACCUGGCCAACGGGGAACAGAAGAUCACCUUCAGCGCUCCAGGGAUUGAGAGGCUCUUUGACGACGGCUGGCACCAGCUGAAGGUUCUGGUCAGGCCCCGGCGUGUCACCUGUUUCCUUGACGACGUCCAGAUACAGGAUGAGGACCUGGAGCCGGUGGUGCCGAUCUACAUCAACGGCAGGACGCAGAUCGCCAAGACGACCGACUCAGACGCCACCGUUCCUGACGAUGAGAGGUGUCCACUGGACCGAGAGCCUGCAGUGGAGGAGCCAGCAGAGAAGGAGUGUGACUGCUCCAAAGGCAGCCCGGGACCACCGGGAUCUCCUGGACCAAGGGGCCUCCGCGGAGAGCGAGGAAAAGACGGACCUCCAGGACCAGACGGGAAGCCUGGCCUGCCAGGGCCAGGAGGAGAGUCCGGGGAGCCUGGGGUGCCAGGGGUCAAGGGAGACAGAGGGGAGCAAGGCCUUACAGGGAAACCAGGCCCACCAGGACCCAAGGGUCCGAGUAUGGCGCGAUCAAACCUAGGAACCGUCGGGAUGCCAGGAAAGAGGGGAUUACCAGGAGAAAGGGGAACCACAGGACCUAAAGGAGACCCCGGACCCAUGGGGAAGACGGGGAUCGCUGGCAGCGAUGGGCUACCUGGACCUGCUGGACCAAAGGGUGAGAAAGGGGAGAGAGCUUCGCCAGGUGCUGAUGGGACUCAAGGAGUGCCGGGCAUCCGAGGACUUCCUGGACAAGCAGGACAAGCUGGACCUCGGGGGGAGAAAGGAGCUCCAGGGGAGAUGGGGGCGCUGGGGCCUAAAGGAUCUCUGGGGGCUGCAGGCCCGGAGGGUCCACCUGGAGCGGACGGCCCCGAGGGACCAAAGGGCUCCCCUGGUGAUUCUGGUGCUGCUGGGACUCCUGGAGAGUCGGGUCCCAAGGGCAUGAAAGGAGAGAACGGGUUUCCAGGGUUACAAGGACCAAUGGGGCUGCCGGGGUUCAAAGGCCAUAAGGGGGAGGCAGGUGAGGACGGCCCCAGAGGAGACCAGGGCGAGCGAGGCAGCGAUGGAACCCCGGGGACCCCAGGAACACCGGGUGAAGCGGGGCUCAGGGGAGGCAAGGGAGAGAAGGGUGUGGCCGGUGACCCGGGGCCCAGGGGUCUGGAUGGGAAGAAGGGAGACACGGGACACGUCGGAGUCGUAGGACCACGAGGGUCUCCAGGACAGGACGGGCUUCCAGGACAAAACGGCCUCCCUGGAUACCCUGGCAAGCCUGGAAAGCCUCCCUCCGACGAGCACUUGCUGCAACUGUGCGGAGACAUGCUGAGGAACCAGCUGCCCCAGCUGCUGCAGACCAUGGUGCCCCAGGGCUGUGAGCGCUGUGAGACGGUCAAGGGCCCGCCGGGCCACCCAGGGACGCCGGGCCUCAAGGGCUCCAUGGGCAACCCCGGAUACCCGGGAAGGCCCGGCUCACAAGGAUACCCCGGACCCCCCGGCAUGCACGGACCCCCAGGGGUCAAAGGUGACACGGGACUAAAAGGCCUUAAAGGAAGUAAAGGUGAAGGAAGACCAGGUCAUCCAGGACUCCCUGGACCAAUGGGUGCCCAGGGGCCGCGUGGGGGCGACGGGGUCGGACUUCCGGGGGCACCUGGGAUGCCGGGCAAAUCGGGGAUCCCCGGCCUUCCAGGGAAACGUGGUGCCCCAGGACCAGCCGGCAUGUGUGACAUGUCACUGUGCUACCAGGCCUACAGCCACAGGGAGGACCGCUUCAGCAAAGGGCCCAACUUCUAACUGCACACACACACACACACACACACACACACUCAGGGCGCUGUGAUCAUGGCCUGCUCGCGGUGACCCAUGGGGACACAGGACUUGUGGGAGAAAUGAACAACAUAUCAUCUCAUUCAAUGUCUGACUGCUCUAACUCAGCGUCUCACAGUCGGUGGGAAUGACCAAACAAUAAGGCCAGUGUGGACUGUAGUGGACUAUUCUUACCUGCAAAAAGAUGCUCUCCUCAGCCUCCACGUGCCUCGCUUAAAGACUCAUGUCGUCAUGACACCAGGAUGUUGUUAUGAUUUAUAACAUUUUCAGUGUAGAAGAGGUUAGCUCUCAAUAGUAGUAGCCAUUUUGGACAGAAACGUGUACAUAAUUUGCACUGCCUUAGUUAAGCUACCUCCAUACUGGGCACGAGGCCUUUUGUAUAGUGGAAUAAGGCACCCUAAGCGAGGUUAGGAUUCUGUGUUUUAAUUAGCCUACAUCACAUGUAUAUGCUAUUCAGAAACCUUUGUCCGAUUUUUAACAUAAUGUCUGCUUAUCAUGAUGAGUACGGACCUAGACAUUUGACAGCCAGUAAAUUGAGCAGACUUAUGAUAGCCUGUGUUUUUUAUCGGCUGAGGAUAAUCUUAAAAGGCAUAUGGUGCGUAGCGAUAUAAACAACUUGAAAGCUAAUUAUGUAAAUACGGCCCAUAUGGAAAUGGUAUGGAUAUCAGAAUAUAUGGAGUUACCAAAGAAUACAAAAAUGAGUUGGAUACAUACAGUAGGCCUCUAUGGAGCUAAACGACUCAGGAACUUCUUUUGAUACUAUUUGGCACAGUCAUUCCCAAACUACCCUACAGUCAUUUCCAAACUAUCUAUAGUCAUUCCCAAACUACCCUACUACAGUCAUUCCCAAACUACCCUACAGUCAUUUCCAAGCUAUCUAUAGUCAUUCCCUAACUAUCUACAGUCAUUCCCAAACUACCCUACUACAGUCAUUCCCAAACUAUGUACAGCAAGUGUUGGCGUCUUCACACGUGUGCAUCUCUACCCUGGAGAGUUACUGUACAUGUUUGUUAUUUUAAUCACUACUUAUAUAUUAUGUAUUUUUCUGGCAUCUUUAGAGACUCUAUAGAGGGAUACUUUGGGCUCUCAUACACUAUAUUACAUAUGGAUAUUGCCUCCAUGUUACAUUUUUACUUUUUUUAUUCAGUGGAUGAUGGUGUUUACUUAUAGUUUGGAUGAAUGGAGAUGGAUAUCAUUUUAUUGAUAAAUUGACAUUGAACUAAAUGAUUGCUCAAAGCAUUGUAUUGACUAUGGCCCAGGCUCUCCUAAAGAACAAAGCAUGUAUUGACUAUGGCCCAGGAUCUCCUAAAGAACAAAGCGUUGUAUUGACUAUGGCCCAGGGUCUCCUAAACUGUGAUUGGUGGAGCCUUUGUGGUAUGUGUUUGUGUGUUUGGAUGUGUCUGUCUGUCCAUGUCCACAUUUAUGUGUGUAUAGUGUGUGUGUGUGUGUGUGUGUGUGUGUGUGUGUGUGUGUGUGUGUAUGUUUGUGGUAUGUAUGUUUGUGUGUGUGUGUGUGUGUUGAUUUUCUCACAUCUCUGAGGUCUUCCGUAUAUCUCCAACAUCAACCUUAUUAAACCCCCUCUACACUCAACUGAAAUAAUAAUGGGCUACUGGACACCUCAGGCUGAAGAGAGAAGCCAUGUCUUACCCAUCUCUACAAAAUGUUGAUACUUAAAGACAUGCAAGUUGUGUUGCUGUGGAGGAAUCUUUCCUAAGAUUAUGAAAAUAUAAAUAAUUUGUGCUUCUUACAUUUUGAUUUGUAAAUGUUGUUUGCAUGCUUGCAAGCAGCAACAUCUUCACAUAUGAUUUCUUUGUAUAUGUAAGGACAUUUUUAAAAUGUUAUAUAUGUAUGUUUUAUGAGAUAUGUUUGGUUUCAGUUUGAAUUGUGCUGUUUAUGAGUUCAGCAGGGGGCAAAUAUUCUCUAUUUUACUUGAAGUCAUUUGUCGACAGAUUUUUACCAUAAGGAAAGUAUUAUAUUAUUCACAUUAUUUUCAUCAUAUUUUAGUCCUUUAAACAUUUAAACAAAUCAAUUCAAAUGAGGGGAGAUAAUGUGGUAUAUACCAUGUUUUAUUUUUUAUUUUUCAUUGUUAAUAUGGUGCUUUAUUGAUGUAACAUUUGUGUUGUUGUUACAGAGGAAAUUAAAAGUAUU